UGCUGCAAUCUGAUAUUUUGUAAACUCUCAGUUUGGAAUAAUAAAAGUUCAGUGUAGAUAUAUAAUGUCUGGUCCCUUGAACGCGCCGCCGCCGGCCGCGGACUCGCCGCACCGGCGCUCGUUCAAGCUGCGGUUCGCGCGGCUCCGCGAGCUCGGCCGCUCCGACGUCUCGCUCGUCAAGCCGUUUGGACUACCGAGCACUGUGACGGACAAGUUCUACAGGCGGCAGCAGCCGGCGCCGAGCGCGCUGGAGGCGGCCGCGCUGCGACGGAUACACGACAUGUUUCAGAAGGGACCUCUAGAAAAGCACCCGCUACCGGUCACCUCUGCUCAAGAAUAUGGCUGGCAUUGGAAGGCGGCGUCCCGGGAGGCGGCUGGUGACCGGCGCCUGCAGCACCACAUCCGCGACUCUGCCUGGCUCAAGGCCACAGUCCGUAUCCUAUAUUCUGAUGCACAACUUAAACAGCGAUAGGUUGUAACACUAUCUUUGAUAGAGGUUAAAAGUAAAGAGAAUUAUA